AUGCCUCCUGGUGCUGGCUUCGGCCCUGCCACUGCUCUGCCUGCUGCCGCCGAAGCCCGCACGCCUACUCCCCAGGUCCCGACACUUUCAGGCUUCAAGCUCCCCAAGCGGAAGGUGGAGUACUUCGCGGUGGACCGCCAUCUGCACCUCUGCGACCCCAACGUUCACCUUGACGAACUGCUGGAGCCUGUGGCUGAAGGUCACUGCGAAGCCGCUGCCGCAGCUGUACAAGGUCAAGUGGAGGCCUUGCUGAAGAAGUUCCACGGCUUCAUCUCCGCCCCUUUGUCUGGCGAUGCCGCCGAUCCUGCGGCUGGUGGUGAAGGUGAGAACAACGUGCCGGCCAUAGCAGGCGGCUCGAGCGGGAUCCGGCAGGGGCGCGCGGGCGCAGCCGGCUGCGGCGAGCCGGCGAGCGAGGGCGCAGCAGCCGGCGCCGAGGGGCGGGACGCCGGACGCGAGCCGUCGCGCGGAGGAGAGGCGGGCCUCCAGCCCGGGAUGGAAGCGACGGUAGGUCCCGCGCGCGGGGGAGUCCAGGCGGGCGUGCGGGGGCCGGCAGGCAGGGAGUCGGCAUCGGGCGACUCGGCCGCGGCGGCAGGCGGGGCCCGCGCGCGAGGGCGCAGUCGGCAAGGUCAUGGGGCGGCCGCGGGAGCCGGCGACCGGGUCCUGCGGAGGAGGCGGAGAGGUCCGAAGCCGGCCGGGCGUGGGCGCGUGCCGCAGCGGGAGUGGCCGGACCCGACGAGCCGGCCACGGGGCAAGCGGGGGCCAGCAGCCGGCCAGGCCGGCCGGGUGAGGAGUCGGCCUGCGCGGGGGCAGGCAGCUACGGGCGGGGGGCCAGCAGUCGGCCAGGCCGGCCGGGCGGAAGCGACGCUGGGGAGCCGGACGCGCAGGAGCCGGCCAGGAUGCGCGUAG